GUGAAGAAAAAACCGGAGCGCUUGGCGUCUCUCAUCGCUUCCUCUUCUGCCAUCCUCAGAGGUUGUCACCUCUGCGUAGGACUUGCUGCUGUCACCAUGGCCCUCAGCGAUGCCGACGUCCAAAAGCAGAUCAAACACAUGAUGGCUUUCAUUGAACAGGAAGCAAAUGAGAAGGCCGAAGAAAUUGAUGCAAAGGCAGAAGAAGAAUUCAACAUUGAGAAGGGUCGACUUGUACAAACACAGAGACUGAAGAUAAUGGAGUAUUACGAGAAGAAGGAGAAACACAUUGAGCAGCAGAAGAAAAUUCAGAUGUCCAACUUGAUGAAUCAGGCAAGACUAAGAGUCCUCAAAGCCAGGGAUGACCUUAUCUCAGACUUAAUAAAGGAAGCAAAGGAGAGACUCGCCAGUAUCGUGAAAGAUACACCCAAGUACCAGGUGCUUUUGGAUGGUCUUGUCCUUCAGGGUUUAUACCAAUUACUGGAGCCCCAAAUGAUUGUCCGUUGCAAGAAAGAUGAUCUCCCUCUGGUCACGGCUGCAGUGCAAAAAGCAAUCCCUUUGUACAAGAUUGCAGCCAAAAGAGAUCUUAAUGUUCAAGUUGAUCAGAAAACAUUCCUGCCAGCAGAGAUAUCUGGAGGUGUUGAGAUCUAUAAUGGAAAUGGUAAAAUAAAAGUUUCCAAUACCCUAGAAAGUAGACUGGAUCUUAUAGCCCAACAGAUGAUGCCAGAAGUUCGAGUGGCCUUGUUUGGGAUUAAUAACAACAGGAAAUUUUUGGACUAAGCCUCUGAUGAGGUUGGAUCCAUUCCAUCUGCUGUAUCGAUGAGCUAUAAAAGUGUCUAAAAAUCAAGAAACCCAUUAUCAAUGUUCCUCCUUUUUGAUGCUCUGACACCGUCCUAUGUUCUUCAGUGGAAUAACUUUUAUGUAGAAUGCCAUCAGCCUAAGUGUUAACUUUGGGACUUAAUGUUAACUUAUGGACUUAACUGUCAAGAAGUAACCUAGUUUAUCCAGAUGUUCUGAUCUCCUCUACAUUCUAGGGAUAAGGGAAUACAUAUCAGUUGCAUGGUUUUCACUGAGAAUCCUACUUCUGUGAUCUGCCUUAGAUUGGAGUGAACUGUGUGAGAUAUAUCAUAGCCUCUUUGUAUUUGUUUUCUGUAGGUUACUUUAAGGAGCAUGCAUUCAUGCCAGCAUUAAUAGUAUUAUUCCUGUUAACUCUUUGGGCUUAAAGACUUUCCUCAGUUAUGUAUGUGAUUCAAAAACCCACGUUAUGUGAAUAUGCUUUAUUAAAAUAAAAAAUAUGUGGAUCAAA